AUGUUCAGAUCAAUCGUCGCUAGGCCGACAGUCCUACGGCCGAGCAUCGUUCUGCCUUCAAGUAUACCCAUCCGGCGGCACCUCCAUCUUGCACCUCCCUUCCUCCUAGAGGACUAUAUCCCUCGCUACCAUCUCAUUUCCUCGGUCGAUGCCUCCAGGAAACGUUCCGCGGCGUAUGCACACCUCCGACGCUGCAAUCUCUGCCCUCGGCUCUGCGACGUCAACCGGUUCGAGACCACCGGCCAUUGCCUGAUCGGUGCAGAGAAGGUCAAAGUCGGGACUAUUGCUCCACACUUUGGAGAAGAACCUUGCUUGCAAGGACACCAUGGCUCUGGGUCUGUGUUCUUCAGCGGAUGCAAUAUGCGCUGCGUCUUCUGUCAGAACCAUGAUAUCUCUCAUCAGAAGGUGGGCUUCGACCUGACGCCGGACGAGCUGGCGGAGUGGAUGGUCAAAUUGCAAGAGGUGGGCAACGUGCACAACAUCAACUUUGUCACUCCGGAGCAUGUCGUGCCUCAGGUCGCCCUAGCCAUCCUGGCCGCGCGGGAAAUGGGGUUGAGGGUGCCCAUUGUUUACAACACCAGUGCAUUCGACAGCCUCCAGAGUCUAGAACUCAUGGAUGGCCUGGUCGAUAUAUAUUUACCCGACUUCAAGGUGUGGCACAAUGAGACAAGUAAGAGACUGCUUAAAGCCGAUGGAUAUGCGGAUGUAGCCAAAGAAAGCAUCAAAGAGAUGUAUCGACAGGUAGGCGAUUUGUGUUUCACUGGCGACGGCAUCGCAAAGAAGGGACUCCUGGUGAGACAUCUUGUCAUGCCUGGAAAGGAAGAAGAGGGCGUGCGAAUUAUGCAGUGGUUGGCAGAAGCACUAGGGAAGGACGUCUUUGUCAAUAUCAUGGAACAGUAUUACCCAACGGCCCAUGUCGGCCAGGAGCGAAGGGGGGCUAAAACCAACAAAGACGAGAAGCGAUAUUCUGAAAUCAAUCGACAUGUCAACAAGGAUGAAAUUGGCAUUGUGCAAAAGGCCGCGAGAGAGGCUGGCCUCUGGAGGUUCGCCGAGCCUGCCAGGCACGGUGGAUGGAAUGUAUGA